AUGAGCUCGUCGUUAUCCGCCGCUGCCGACCCUGCUGUUGAGCAACAAUCAUCAUCAUCGUCGUCGCCACCACCGAUUUGCCAUCUGAUGUCGCUGCCGGAGGAGCUUCUAUCGCACGUCGAUUCUCAUCUUUCCGUUGAGGACUCGUUCAACUUCAAGCUCUCAAAUGCCCGGAUUGACAAUGCUCUCAGCCACAAUUUUCACUAUUACGAUCAGAUGCAUUUGAGCGAUGAGCCGGAGGAUUGCCGAAUUGUUGACACGCGAGGACGCGCGCCGACGCGCAGCUUCAAGGCCGACAAUGCGCCGAUCAUGCUCCGUAUGCUGCCGAAUCUCAAAGAUGUCACUGUGAUUAUCAAAGAUGUCAAUAUGCGCGGAAGACAUCCGCAAUUUCCGGCGAGAACCAUUUCAGACUGCACGCCGUACACACCUGGUGGUUACUUGAUGCUUCUUCUCGGCGAGAUGCCGCCGGAGCAGAUGGCUCUUCGCCAAUUGAGCCUUCACAUUGAUAUUAUGGUUGAGACGCUGGAAGACGUGUUUCUUCAAUGCCCGACAGAAGAUUUGAAAUAUGCGAUGGAGAAGCUCUCCAAUGCUCGUUUCAACUCGUUCGUUCAGAUUUCGAUUUGCUGCGCCCAAAUUCGACCAACCGAUCAGAACGCGAGAAACUACCUUCUGCAGGGAAUGCAGUAUGCUUUGAAGCAGAGCGAGGAUUUUGGAGCCAAAACCGAAUUUGUCGUUGAGCCGUGUGAAGGAUAUGUCGAUAUGACUGUUGAGAAGGGCAAUGUCGAAUACACGUUUGCCUUCUUCUACUACAAUCCGACGAUCUGCGAUCCGACACCGGAAGAGGCUCCGCCGACAAUUCCAUUGAUUACCAAUUACUACAUUUAA